AUGCCCAAUCAGAGCUUGGACAAGUUCAUCUUCCGUAAGUUCAUCUUAGAACCGUUCUCGCAUGCAUCUCUCCUACCUGGGUUCCCUCCUCUCUCCUUGCGCUCACUUUAUGUGGGUGGUGGCGAUCACCGUCAGAUCCGACGAAGAGAGGAGAGCUGGACUGGCCGAAGCGCGCCAACAUAAUUGAAGGCAUAGCCCAGGGCCUCCUCUACUUGCACCGGUACUCGAGGGUGAGGGUCAUCCACAGAGAUCUCAAAGCGAGCAACAUCCUCCUUGACGGCGAGUGGAACCCCAAGAUAUCUGAUUUCGGCUUAGCGAGGAUCUUCACCUGGAAUGACGCCCCCGCGAACACCAAACACAUCGUCGGCACGUAGUAAGUCAACUCCUGGUUAUUCAGACAUAUCCUGGUUAAAGUUACGAGAAGGAAGACGGUGACCAUUUAGCGUGAAUCUGACUUCAGCGGUUACAUUUCCCCGGAGUACGCCAUGAAAGGCCACUUCUCGGUGAAGUCGGACGUCUUCAGCUACGGCAUUCUAGUCCUUGAGAUCCUCAGCGGCAAGAGGAACACCAGCACUCCCGACCUCGACGAGGCUCUCAAUCUCUCGGGACACGUAAGUCGAUUGGGCGACGUCGCCGCCGGGGAGUGAGGGUUGACCUUGACUUCCUCUUUCAUGACUCACCGGUUUUGACUGGUUUCAGGCCUGGAAGCUCUGGAGGAGUGACAGCGUGGUGGAGCUGAUGGACCCGGUGUUGGCGGGGACUUGCUCGGCCGUAGAGUUCUCGAGAUGCGUCCACGUGGCAUUGCUGUGCGUCCAGGAGAACCCCGCUGACCGGCCGACCAUGCUCGACGUCGUUUCCAUGCUGAACAAUGAGAGCACGACCCUGUCGGCCCCCAAUCGGCCGGCCUACUUGUUAGAGAGAUUCGUCAUGAGGGAGGAUGGUCAACGGGUCGAGCGUAGGGUCAAUUCUUCCACCAACGAGAUAACGUACUCCGAAAUGGGCGCCCGAUGA